CAGGGCGGCAGCCCCUUUAAACCCCUCACCCAGCCCGCGCCCCAGCCUGUCUGUCUGUGCCCAGACACCGACUGCCGGCGCACUCCUUCCCGCAGCCCCAAGGAGCCCUGUGAGUGACUCUGUCUCAACAUGGCCAACAAGGGUCCUUCCUAUGGCAUGAGCCGUGAAGUACAAUCCAAAAUUGAAAAGAAGUAUGAUGAAGAGCUGGAGGAACGGCUAGUGGAGUGGAUUGUAGUGCAGUGUGGCUCUGACGUGGGUCGCCCAGACCGUGGGCGUCUGGGUUUCCAGGUCUGGCUGAAGAAUGGUGUGAUUCUAAGCAAGCUGGUGAAUAGCCUGUAUCCUGACGGCUCCAAGCCAGUGAAGGUCCCUGAGAACCCACCUUCCAUGGUCUUCAAGCAGAUGGAGCAGGUGGCUCAAUUCCUGAAGGCAGCUGAGGAUUAUGGGGUCACCAAGACUGACAUGUUCCAGACUGUUGACCUCUUUGAAGGCAAAGACCUGGCAGCAGUGCAGAGGACUCUGAUGGCUUUGGGCAGCUUGGCAGUAACCAAGAAUGAUGGGCACUACCGUGGAGAUCCCAACUGGUUUAUGAAGAAAGCCCAGGAGCAUAAGAGGGAAUUCACAGAGAGCCAACUGCAGGAGGGGAAGCAUGUCAUCGGUCUUCAGAUGGGCAGCAACAGAGGGGCCUCCCAGGCUGGCAUGACAGGCUACGGACGACCUCGGCAGAUCAUCAGUUAGAGCAGGAGGCCCAACCCUGAGCCCUGCCUCCCCAGCUCCCUGGCUGCGCUGUUCUGCUUAGCCCAACUCACUCACACCUGUGUAGGUUCUUAGCCUUGGCUAAGCUUUGAGGCUGUCACUGGGCAAAGGUGACUGCAUACUGGCAGCUCUCCUACCCCCUGCCUCUGCCCAAAUUCUUACCCCAAAGCACCACUGCCCCAGCCCCUCCUCCCAGCUGCACCCUCACCUCUGCUGCCUCUUCCCAUCCCGGGCUAAGCAGGGGAAGUGGCCUGGACAACUGGGUGUGUGGUCCGCCCACUAUCCUCCUUGGCAGCAAGUGCCCCUGGAAGGAGACCCAGCCCAGCCUCUCCCUUCUUUUGCUGGAAUAUUUUUGGGGUUGAAAUUCAAAAAGGAAAAAAAAAAAUAUACAUUCAUCUUUUCUCAGGCCUGGAUGGCAGA